UCCGCCAUUUCAUAAACCCAACGCUCGUUUGUCGUUUGCUGGAUCAACCCGUUGUAUUUUGUUUACGAUUGUACACCUUCCACAACCUAUAGAACACUUGCCUUUGUGAAAUUACUUUCAAGCCUGCCACCAUGGCGUUCCCGUACACGGUGAUCGGGCCAGGUGGACAGCCGUACAUCCUGAGUCAGAUUCCCAUCAUGCAGCAGGCCAUGGCGCCGCCCGUCAUCCCCGCUCACCUCAUGCAGCAGCAGCAGCAGCAGCAGCACCAAGGUCAGCAGCAGGGACAGAAACCGCAGCAAAAGUUGCCCGACUACAUGUCAGAGGAAAAACUGCAGGACAAAGCCCGCAAGUGGCAGCAACUACAGUCCAAGCGCUAUGCAGAAAAGAGGAAGUUUGGCUUUGUGGACGCUCAGAAAGAAGACAUGCCGCCAGAGCACGUGAGGAAGAUCGUGCGAGAUCACGGAGACAUGACCAACAGGAAGUUCCGACAUGACAAAAGAGUGUACUUGGGGGCGCUGAAGUACAUGCCGCACGCCGUGCUCAAACUGCUGGAGAACAUGCCCAUGCCCUGGGAACAGAUCCGAGACGUGAAGGCGCUCUACCACAUCACGGGGGCCAUCACCUUUGUCAACGAGAUCCCCUGGGUCAUAGAGCCCGUCUACAUCUCGCAGUGGGGGUCAAUGUGGAUCUUGUUGCGGCGAGAAAAGCGAGAUCGGCGUCACUUCAAGCGCAUGAGGUUCCCGCCGUUCGACGAUGAGGAGCCCCCGCUGGACUACGCGGGGAACAUCAUGGACAACGAGCCGCUGGAGGCCAUACAGAUGGACAUGGACCCCGACGAGGACAAGGCCGUCAUGGAGUGGUACUACGACCACAAGCCACUCACAGACUCACGACACGUGAACGGCACGACGUACCGCCGCUGGAACCUGACGCUGCCCAUCAUGUCGGUGCUGUACCGGAUGGCCAAUCAGCUGCUGACGGACCUGGUGGAUCACAACUACUUCUACCUGUUCGACCUCAAGUCCUUCUUCACCGCCAAGGCUCUCAACCUGGCCAUCCCCGGGGGACCCAAGUUUGAGCCGCUGGUCAAGGACAAAGAAUUACAGGACGAGGACUGGAAUGAGUUCAACGACAUCAACAAGAUCAUCAUCCGGCAGCCCGUGAGGACAGAGUACCGCAUCGCCUUCCCCUACCUGUACAACAACAUACCCUUCCAGGUGCACUUGUCGUGGUACCACGAGCCCAACGUUGUGUUCAUCAAGACGGAGGACCCGGACUUGCCAGCCUUCUACUUUGACCCGCUCAUCAACCCCAUCUCCCACAGACAGGCCACCAAGGUACCUGUUCCGCUCGUUCAAGGCCACCAAGUUUUUCCAGACGACGGAGCUAGACUGGCUGGAGGUGGGCCUACAGGUGUGUCGGCAGGGCUACAACAUGCUCAACCUGCUGAUCCACCGCAAGAACCUCAACUACCUACAUCUGGACUACAACUUCAACCUGAAGCCUGUCAAGACACUCACCACCAAGGAACGUAAGAAGUCUCGGUUCGGCAAUGCCUUCCAUUUGUGUCGAGAGAUUCUGAGGUUGUCCAAGCUGAUCAUUGACAGUCACGUCCAGUACCGGCUGGGCAAUGUGGACGCUUAUCAGGUGAUGCACGACAUCCUGGACAUGAUGCCCGAGGGAAUCAAACAGAACAAGGCACGCACCAUCCUGCAGCAUCUCUCGGAGGCCUGGCGGUGCUGGAAGGCCAACAUUCCCUGGAAGGUGCCUGGUUUGCCGACGCCCAUUGAGAACAUGAUUCUGCGGUACGUGAAGGCAAAGGCGGACUGGUGGACAAACACUGCACACUACAACCGAGAGAGAAUCCGGCGCGGUGCCACCGUGGACAAGACUGUGUGCAAGAAAAAUCUGGGGCGUCUGACGCGGCUCUACCUCAAGUGUGAAGAGUCGGCUGAACCAGUCCCAGAGGGAGGAGCUGGGCCUGAUAGAGCAGGCCUUUGACAACCCCCACGAGGCUCUGUCUAGGAUCAAACGUCACCUGCUGACUCAGAGGGCCUUCAAGGAGGUGGGCAUAGAGUUCAUGGACCUGUACAGUCACCUCAUACCCGUGUACGACGUGGAGCCUCUGGAGAAGAUCACCGACGCCUACCUGGACCAGUACCUGUGGUACGAGGCCGACAAACGCCGACUCUUCCCCCCCUGGAUCAAACCGGCUGACCAGGAGCCCCCGCCGCUGCUCACCUACAAGUGGUGCCAAGGCAUCAACAACCUGCAGGACGUGUGGGACACGGGCGAGGGCGAGUGUAACGUGAUGAUGGAGUCGUGCUUUGAGAAGAUGUACGAGAAGAUUGACCUGACGCUGCUCAACAGACUGCUGCGUCUGAUCGUGGACCACAACAUCGCCGACUACAUGACCGCCAAGAACAACGUGGUCAUCAACUACAAGGACAUGAACCACACCAACUCGUACGGCAUCAUCCGCGGCCUCCAGUUUGCCUCGUUCAUCGUGCAGUACUACGGCCUCGUCCUUGACCUUCUGGUGCUGGGUCUGCACCGAGCCAGCGAGAUGGCCGGCCCGCCCGCACUGCCCAACGACUUCCUCACAUUCCAGAAUGUGGUGACAGAGCAGGCUCACCCGAUCCGACUGUACUCUCGCUACAUCGACCGCAUCCACAUCUUCUUCAGGUUCACAGCGGAGGAGGCGCGAGAUCUGAUCCAGCGUUACCUGACAGAGCACCCAGACCCCAACAACGAGAACAUCGUGGGCUACAACAACAAGAAGUGCUGGCCGCGAGACUCGCGCAUGCGCCUCAUGAAGCACGACGUCAACCUGGGUCGUGCGGUGUUCUGGGACAUCAAGAACCGACUGCCGCGCUCGGUGACCACCAUCCAGUGGGACUCGAGCUUCGUGUCCGUCUACAGCAAGGACAACCCCAACCUGCUGUUCAACAUGUGCGGCUUCGAGUGUCGCAUCCUGCCCAAGUGUCGCACGCAGCACGAGGAGUUUACACACAAGGACGGAGUCUGGAACCUGCAGAACGAGGUGACCAAAGAGAGAACAGCCCAAUGUUUCCUGCGAGUAGACGAGGACUCGAUGGGCAAGUUCCACAACCGCGUCCGCCAGAUCCUCAUGGCGUCGGGCUCCACCACCUUCACCAAGAUUGUGAACAAGUGGAACACGGCACUGAUCGGGCUGAUGACCUACUUCCGUGAGGCGGUGGUCAACACACAAGAGCUGCUGGACCUCCUGGUCAAGUGUGAGAACAAGAUCCAGACGCGGAUCAAGAUUGGCCUCAACUCGAAAAUGCCGAGUCGGUUCCCUCCCGUGGUGUUCUACACGCCCAAAGAGCUGGGCGGUCUGGGCAUGUUGUCCAUGGGCCACGUGCUCAUCCCACAGUCGGAUCUACGCUGGUCCAAGCAGACGGACGUGGGCAUCACUCACUUCCUGUCCGGGAUGUCACAUGACGAGGAUCAGCUCAUUCCCAACUUGUACAGAUACAUCAUGCCGUGGGAGAGUGAGUUCAUCGACUCACAGCGAGUGUGGGCCGAGUACGCCCUGAAGAGACACGAGGCCAACGCCCAGAACCGUCGUCUGACCUUGGAGGACCUGGAGGACUCCUGGGACCGCGGCAUCCCCCGCAUCAACACGCUGUUCCAGAAGGACAAGCAGACGCUGGCCUACGACAAGGGCUGGAGGGUCCGCACCGACUUCAAGCAGUACCAGGGAGCGAGCCAGUGGCUUUGAGGAGUCGAUGAAGUACAAGAAGCUAACCAACGCCCAGCGCUCGGGUCUCAACCAGAUCCCCAACCGUCGCUUCACCCUGUGGUGGUCGCCGACAAUCAACCGGGCAAACGUCUACGUGGGUUUCCAAGUACAGCUGGACCUGACUGGAAUUUUCAUGCACGGCAAAAUUCCCACGCUGAAGAUUUCCCUCAUCCAGAUCUUCAGGGCUCACUUGUGGCAGAAGAUUCAUGAGAGCAUCGUCAUGGAUCUGUGUCAGGUGUUUGACCAAGAACUGGACGCCCUGGAGAUAGAGACGGUGCAGAAGGAGACGAUCCAUCCGCGCAAGUCGUACAAGAUGAACAGCUCCUGCGCUGACAUACAGCUGUUUGCUGCCUACAAGUGGAACGUGGCCAAGCCGUCGCUGCUCGCCGACACCAAGGACGUGAUGGACGGCGCCACCUCCCAGAAGUACUGGCUGGACGUGCAGCUGCGGUGGGGAGACUACGACUCCCACGACGUGGAGCGCUACGCCCGCGCCAAGUUCCUCGACUACACCACGGACAACAUGAGCAUCUACCCCUCGCCCACCGGCGUGCUCAUCGCUGUCGACCUGGCCUACAACUUACACAGACGUUUGAGGGGAACCUGACGACCAAGCCCAUCAACGGCGCCAUCUUCAUCUUCAACCCGCGCACGGGCCAACUGUUCCUCAAGAUCAUCCACACGUCGGUGUGGGCGGGACAGAAGCGUCUGGGCCAACUGGCCAAGUGGAAGACGGCCGAGGAAGUGGCCGCCCUGAUCCGCUCGCUGCCCGUGGAGGAACAGCCCAAGCAGAUCAUCGUCACUCGCAAGGGAAUGUUGGACCCACUCGAGGAGAUGGAGCCCCUGGGCUGGAUCCACACACAGCCCAACGAGCUGCCCCAACUGGCCCCGCAGGACAUCACGACACACGCCAAGGUCAUGGCCGACAACCCUGCCUGGGACGGGGAGAAGACUGUGGUCAUCACUUGCAGGAACUCGUGGAACUACAACUUUAUGGGCGUGCGGCACGACCCCACCAUGAAGUACGAGCUCCAGCUGUCCAACCCCAAGGAGUUCUACCACGAGGUGCACCGGCCCUCCCACUUCCUCUUCUUCUCGCAGAUGGAGGAACACGAGCAGGCAGGGGCGGACAGGGAAGAUCUCUACGCCUGAGGGGGGAGGGGAGGGCAGGGAAAGAGAGGAGGAAAUUGAUUGAGAGAUGGAGUCGGGGAACAGACAUGGGAGAACAAAGAGAGAGUGAGGGGUGAGGAGAAUGGAGGUGCGUGAGAAAACUGGGGGGAGGGCGGAGAGUGAGAAGGACUGACCUUACGUCGAGGGGAAGGGUGGUCAAGAGAAAGAGGUGGGGGGGGGGAGAACUUGUUUAUAUCCAAUUGUGCGUUUUGUCAGAGCAAAUGGCGAGACACGUGAAAGAAUGGGAUUUAUUUCUGUACAAUUGUCCGAUUUUGGCCUUUUUUAACAUUGUUUUUCACUCAUGUGUAUAUACCCAUAGGGAGUUGUGUUGUAGGCUACGUUCUCUGACUGUUUCUGUGUGUCUAUUGGGGGUUGGUGGACUGGUCGUCUGCUGUUUGUUGAUCUAGGAGUGUCACAGGAUGGAGGGUUUGUUGAUUUAUCACAGGAUGAAGGGAAGGGUCUGGGCAACACUGUUCUUUCUAUGGUGUUUAGGGUGUUGGGCGGCUGUCCUAUGUGCAGACAGAGGUUGUUUUAGCGUUCAGAGAGGAGGUUAUGUCAUGUACUGUACGGCAGGCAACUUCUUGUGGCCAGGCAACUUCUUGUGGCCGUCUGGGUCCUCCUUUUGUU